GUGGAUGUGAGGAGAGUCGGCUGUUGCAUGCUGAGUGAUGACGAUAGCCGACAUAACUAAACCCACCCACAGUUCAUUUAAAUGCCCGUGCACGGCUCUCUCCCAACUCGUCACAGUGUCUCCCGCUGCUCUGUAUUUAUAAGGCGCCCCGGUGUGCGGAAAGGCACAAGCAUGCCUCGUCUCUAGAGAGGCAGGACGCGUCGUUGCGACUUGGAGACGUUUUUGGAUGAAAGACCUGUGCAGCCGCUGCUGAGGAAGAGACGCGGGAGCGCAGGAGUUUUACCCCAAGUUCACUGCAGCAGGUCGUUGUGACAAGGACCUUGUUCUCAGGGAAACAUCCCUGGGGACACACACAUACUCGCAAGCACACACACACAAUCCCACACAGGCACCAUGCAGGAGUCAGAGCCUACAGUGUGCCAGCUGCAGCCCAACAUCAUCUCAGUGCGUCUUUUCAAGAGGAAGGUUGGUGGUCUGGGCUUUCUGGUGAAGCAGAGGGUGUCCAAGCCACCUGUCAUCGUGUCUGACCUCAUCCGUGGCGGGGCAGCAGAGGAGUGUGGCCUGGUGCAGGUGGGCGACAUUAUCUUGGCUGUAAACAACAAGCCCCUGGUGGACCUGUCCUACGAACGAGCCCUGGAGACGCUUAAGAACGUGUCACCCGAGAGCCAUGCCGUACUGAUCCUCCGUGGGCCUGAGGGCUUCACCACCCACCUGGAGACAACCCUGUCUGGAGAUGGCCACCAACGCACAGUGAGGGUCACACGUCCUGCCGUCCCACCCUCAAAGUCCUACGAGCAGUGCUACCCAUUCAGCCCUGGGCAGCAGCAGCAGGUUAAGGAGCCUCAGCUUAGGGCCAUUGAGAACCUGUCCUCUCCGUCCAUUACCCAGUCCCUCUUGCAGAGGGGUGGUGUGCAGGCCCAGGAUCCCCUGCUGAUGAAGGAGGAGGGGUGUGAAGCUAACCUGUGCAACGGUUUGGAGGAGAACAAUGAGCUGCUGAAGGAGAUCGAACCAGUGCUGCGCCUCAUCAAAAACAGCAAGAAGGAGAUCAAUGGAGAAGGCCAGAGGAACACUGAGAGAAGGGACGCCGAGAUUCAAGUGGCCUGGGAACUUGGCGUGGGAAAUGACACGUCUCCCCAGCUGGCGUCAGAUAACAACAGAACGCUGGAAAACAUGCCGGUGGUGCUCAACAACGCUGGCAGUGAUGAGCCUCUGGCCCAAGGCAAGACUUCACCCAAGUCAAUGCAGAAUGGCAGUCCCUCGAAAUGCCCCCGCUUCAUGAAGAUCAAGAACUGGGAGACUGGCACCAUCUACAGUGACACACUCUACCACAGCACCAGCAAGCUCCAAGAGACAGUCCAACAAGGCCCACCUGAAACACAGAGAGAGAGAGACCAAUCAGCCAUACGGAGGACAGUCUGCUCUGAAAAUGUGUGCAUCGGCUCUGUGAUGAUGCCCAACCACUAUGUCCGCAAGCCAGAAGAGGCCAGAAACAAAGAGUUGCUUCUUCCACUGGCCAAAGACUUCAUAGACCAGUACUACACCUCCAUCAAAAGGAAUGGCUCCAAGGCCCAUGUGGACAGGCUGGAGGAGGUGACCAAGGAGAUUGAAGCUUCAGGAACUUACCAGCUGAAAGACAAUGAACUGAUUUAUGGAGCCAAGCAUGCCUGGAGGAAUGCUGCCCGGUGUGUAGGGAGGAUCCAGUGGUCCAAACUACAGGUUUUUGACGCUAGAGACUGCACAACAGCUCAUGGAAUGUACAACUACAUCUGUAACCACAUCAAGUAUGCCACCAACAAAGGCAACCUGAGGUCAGCCAUCACUAUAUUUCCACAGAGAGUAGCUAGCAACCGUGACUUCCGAGUGUGGAAUACUCAGCUGAUUCGUUAUGCAGGCUACAAACAACCUGAUGGACGUAUCAUUGGAGAUCCUGCCAAUGUUGAAUUUACUGAGAUCUGCUUGCAGCUGGGAUGGAAACCUCCUAAGGGUCGUUUUGAUGUCCUGCCCCUCCUGCUACAAGCCAAUGGAAAUGACCCUGAGCUGUUUGAGAUCCCGGAGGACCUCGUCCUGGAGGUGCCGAUCACACACCCAAAGUACGAGUGGUUCAAGGACCUGGAACUAAAGUGGUACGGCCUCCCGGCGGUCUCCAACAUGAUGCUAGAGAUCGGUGGCCUGGAGUUCACUGGCUGCCCCUUCAGCGGCUGGUACAUGGGCACAGAGAUUGGCGUGAGGGACUUCUGCGACACCUCACGCUACAACAUUCUGGAGGAGGUUGCUAACAAGAUGGACUUAGACACCAGGAAGACUUCCUCCCUUUGGAAAGACAAGGCACUGGUGGAGAUCAACAUUGCUGUUCUCUACAGCUUCCAGUCAUGCAAAGUGACCAUAGUAGACCAUCACUCAGCCACAGAGUCCUUCAUGAAGCACAUGGAGAAUGAGUAUCGGGUGCGAGGUGGCUGUCCUGGAGACUGGGUGUGGAUUGUGCCUCCCAUGUCGGGAAGUAUCACACCGGUUUUCCACCAAGAAAUGCUCAACUACCGCCUCACUCCUUCCUUUGAGUACCAGGCUGAUGCCUGGAAUACCCAUGUGUGGAAAGGAGUCAAUGGGACGCCCACAAAGAAAAGAGCCAUCGGAUUCAAGAAGCUUGCCAAGGCAGUCAAGUUUUCGGCUAAGCUCAUGGGCCAGGCCAUGGCCAAGAGGGUGAAAGCAACAAUCCUGUUUGCCACAGAGACGGGCAAAUCGCAAGAGUAUGCCAAAACUCUCUGUGAAAUCUUCAAGCACGCAUUUGACGCAAAGGUCAUGUCAAUGGAUGAGUAUGAUGUGGUGGAUCUGGAGCAUGAGACGCUGGUGUUAGUGGUGACCAGCACGUUUGGCAAUGGUGAUCCACCUGAAAAUGGAGAGAAAUUUGGAGCUGCCUUAAUGGAGAUGCGCCACCCAACAUCAAAUACUGAAGAUAGAAAGAGUUACAAGGUCCGUUUCAACAGCGUGUCCUCCUACUCUGACACCCGCAAGUCCUCCAGUGAUGAGCCAGAAGCCAAGAUUAACUUUGAGAGUACCGGACCUCUCGCCAACGUCAGGUUCUCAGUGUUUGGCCUUGGCUCCAGGGCCUACCCACACUUCUGCGCCUUUGCCCACGCUGUGGACACACUGUUUGAAGAGCUGGGAGGGGAGCGCAUCCUACGCAUGGGAGAAGGAGAUGAGCUGUGUGGCCAGGAGGAGUCAUUCAGAACCUGGGCCAAGAAGGUUUUUAAGGCUGCCUGUGAUGUGUUCUGUGUCGGCGAUGAUGUAAACAUCGAAAAGGCCAACGACUCCUUGAUCAGCAAUGUCCGCAGCUGGAAGAAGAGCAAGUUCCGUUUGACGUACACAGCCGAGGCCCCAGCCCUCACAGAAGCAUUAUACAGCAUUCACAAGAAGAAGGUUUAUGGAGCAAAGAUGCUGGAAUCUCAAAACCUACAAACUUCAAAAUCCAAUCGCUCCACCAUAUUUGUGCGGCUCCACACAAACGACCACGACAGACUGAGCUACCAGCCCGGUGACCAUUUGGGCAUCUUCCCUGGCAACCACGAGGACCUGGUGACGGCUCUCAUAGAUAAACUGGAGGAUGCUCCACCUGUCAAUCAAAUUGUCAAAGUGGAGUUCCUGGAGGAGAGGAACACUGCCCUCGGGGUAAUCAGUAACUGGACAAAUGAUCCUCGUAUCCCUCCGUGCACAAUCUUCCAGGCCUACCAGUACUUCCUGGACAUCACCACCCCACCGAGCCCAGUGCUGCUACAGCAGUUUGCUGCUCUGGCAACCGAUGAGAAACAGAAAAAGAAACUAGAGAUCCUCAGUAAGGGCUUGCAGGAGUAUGAGGAGUGGAAGUGGUACAAUAAUCCGACACUGGUGGAGGUGCUGGAGGAGUUUCCCUCCAUCCAGAUGCCCUCCACUCUGCUGCUCACCCAGCUUCCCUUGCUGCAGCCUCGCUACUACUCCAUCAGCUCCUCUCCAGACCUACACCCAGGAGAAAUCCACCUCACCGUCGCUGUUGUCUCUUACCGUGCCAGAGAUGGAGAGGGACCUAUCCACCAUGGAGUGUGUUCAUCGUGGCUCAACAGGAUAGAGAAGGGGGAAAUGGUGCCGUGUUUUGUGCGCAGUGCUCCUUCAUUCCAGCUUCCCAAAGACAACCAAGCACCUUGUAUCCUGGUGGGUCCAGGAACAGGUAUUGCCCCUUUCAGAAGCUUCUGGCAACAGAGACUAUACGAGCUUGAACACAAAGGAAUUGAGUCAUGCCCCAUGAUCCUGGUGUUUGGUUGUCGGCAGUCUGAGAUGGACCACAUCUACAAGGAGGAGACCAUCCAGGCCAAAAACAAAGACGUGUUCAAGGAGCUCUACACAGCCUAUUCCAGAGAACCCGGCAAACCAAAGAAAUAUGUACAGGAUGCACUGCGCGAGCAGCUGUCAGAGACGGUGUACCAGUGCCUGAAGGAGGAGGGAGGACACAUCUAUGUGUGUGGGGAUGUUACAAUGGCCGGAGAUGUUCUCAAGACUGUCCAGCAUAUCAUCAAACAGGAGGGCAACAUGAGCCUAGAGGAUGCUGGCUUCUUCAUCAGCAAGCUCCGGGAUGAGAACCGCUAUCAUGAGGACAUCUUUGGUGUCACCCUGCGUACCUAUGAGGUCACCAACCGGCUUCGUUCGGAGUCCAUCGCCUACAUUGAGGAGAGCAAAAAGGACUCAGAUGAGGUUUUUUGCUCAUAGGUCUAUGAAUCGGGAGCUUUCUGACAACAACCAGUCUAGAGGACACAGCAACGCUGGUUCAAGAAUACUGUGCCAAUUUUUGUACUGUUAAAAAAAGGGGGUUCUUUCUUUUUUUAUACCAAUCUAAUGUUUCUGUUGGGCUCUGCGAUUUUGUCUGUAGCAGGUUGGAAAUGUUCUGUUCUCUGAAAAUCUGUUUUGCUUGUUGAUACUUCCAAAAAUUAUAAAUUGAUCAUUUUGGUUCAUAAUGUGUGCACCUAUUGUAAUGACCUGCCUCAUUGUGAAUGCAUGGCCAAGACAAGAAUAUACUCAAGAAAUAUAAUAUACUCUGUGUUAUUGUUACAGUUAAAAGGCUUUUAUUGAGGUGAAGGGGAAAAUGUGUGGCAUUGAUAACAAACUAAAAGACAUUACAGAAGUAUGAACUAAGUCAACUUCAUGGAAAGAAUCAGGGCAGACAAAUCAAUUUUUUUUGGGUUUUUUUUUAUCAAAGAUUGUAGUUUCAGGACAAGUUCAAAAGGCAGAGAUAAGUGAAAGAUGUACAGGCAUGCAGAUAGAAAAAUGAAAAGCUGGUUUUCAUUGCAAAUACAUUUGGCGUGUUGACAGGUUGCCCUGAAUUACAAAAAAGCGAUUCUGUCACAGUCUCAACAAACACAUAGCUCUUCACUGGCAAUCCAUCAAAAUGCAUCAGCCUCUGUGCCAGCUCUCUUUUUAGUGGCCUGUCCAUUCUCUCAUAACAUCAUAAUGUUGUGUGUCCCAGCUGGUUUUGCCCAACCCACAGAGGCUACAUAGGAAUAUGCAGGGCAGCCACUAAUGAAGUCUGACCCUGAGUCAUUACAUAUUAAAAUUCAUUCUAAUUCAUCUUUAAAAAUGUUUGGGGCUCCCAGAUUAUAAUAUUAUACAUUGGUGUGUUGAUUAUAAUAAAAGAAAACAUUUGUGUCAAAUCAUAUUCUCAUGGUGAAGGGAAAUUGUGUUGGAAAAUUCCCUUAUGAAUUAUAGAUUAUUAAAUUAGUAGUUUUAAGAGUUCGAGGGUUUGGCAUUUUGGGAAAUGUGCUUACUCUCUAUAUUGUGGAUUUAAAGGAGGUUAUGUGUCGGAAUUGUUCUAGGCUGGAAGCAGAGAGUUGCUGCUGCCAGCCAUGCAAUGGUCUGGCCAGACUAGCUGAUUCCAGUCUAUGCUAAGCUAACAGACUCUGGGCUGUAGCAUCAAGUUUACCAUAUAAAAGAUUUCUUAUUUUUCUGUUUUCCCCCGCUAUAUCUAUGUAUCAAAACAUUGUUAAGCAAAGCAAAAGUAUAUUUUUUUAGCACCCUGUGCUGCCCUGAUCAUAUCACACAUGACAGCUUGACCCAUUAAAAUUUUUAUCAGCAUCACAACUCCUGCCUCUUGCCUUACAUUACUCUCUGCCUCUGCCUACGUACAGCACAUUCAUUCAUUCUUUUGUGUGUCUGCAUGAUUUUGCAUCACCCUUUCACUGUGACCUGACACCUGCUCAGUAGCAUCAGCGUGUGUGUGUGUGUGUGUGCGCGUGCGCCAUAGAAAUCAUCAAGUGUACACAUCUAAAUGCGAGUGGGUGUAAAACAUGCAUGUGCUCAGGUGUAUGUUUUUACAUGUUUAUUCUGCUUGUCUGUUACCUUGUCAAACUUGUCUGAUUUUGAAGAAAGCAUGACUUUGUUGCUCUGUGAGUCACACAAGCCUGCAAAUAUCAUCUUACAGAUGGUGUUUUGGUAAGGGGAAACUGCCCACAUGGCGCUUAGUUUAGAUCUCAGCAGUUCAGUUCCAUUGUUGUAAGUUCCAGUGAAGUUUUUCAUUCAGGGACAAGAAGCAAUCACACUGCUGCUGUGGUCAUUUGCUGCUUUCCAAUGAGUCAGGGUUGUAAUUUGAAUAUACUUGUGCAGGGGCCACAUUGUUUAUUGAUCACCCACUCUACAGUGACUUGUGGCUUUUCUUGUCAGCUUCUGAGUCUUGUUUGUUCCCUUUCUUAGUCUUUUGAUUCAAAUUAAAGAUAGCAUGAUUAACGGAUUUCAAUGUGAUUUUCAAACGUCCCUAGAAGCUACCAAGAAUAUGUUGUUUGUUUGGUUUGUUUGUUUCUUUUUCUGAGUCAACUAUUUUUAUUGCUGGGAGAAAAUGGCUGAUUUCCAUUGUCCCCACUGUUGUUCAUUAUGGAUGAAUGCCUCCUGUGUACAAUUUUAUGUUUUAACAGAUUUAGUUUCAUUGGAAUGAGAGCCGUCAAGAAAAUGCCUGUGAUGUAAAAUGUGCAACAGGAAAGCAAUUAACAGGAAUGAAAAUAUAUAUAAUUUAUUCACUCACUCUGAUCUUUUCUAAGAAUGUAUUUUGAUUAUGUAAAUGAGCACUAUGAUUCUGCUUGAUUUUAAAAAUAACAAAGGCAUAUUCUAUGUUGUCUCUCAUAUCCUUUAGGUAUGGGGAUAAAACGGCAGCAUUAAAUAAAUGCAUGGUGAUUUUCUGUCUCCUGUUCACAUUUGAAAAGCUCUGUCUAUUUACCAGCACUGUGUCAGUCGGUGAGACUGUAUUGUGAAGUUGUCCGGCCUUUCUCACAGGGCUUUGGAUUGUAAAAACAUUCUUGAGGGGUUUCUUUUUCUGUGUUUGCGUAUUGCUGCUGCUAUGAACAACUCUGAUCCAAUCAGCCUCUGCUAUAAUGACCUUUGUUGUGUAAUUGAUUGAGGAUAUUUCGUUUUAAUGCAUCAACUGCAAGGACUUUGCUUUUACUUACAAAUAAAGAGAAACAUUUACAGAA